AUGAUGUUCGCAUCCAAAGAGCACCUGAAGAGACACAACCAGUCGGAGCACCGCCCGAAGCGACCGGCUUACCUGUGCAGCACCUGCAACUACGCCAGCGCCACCGCGAGUGCGAUGGAGGAACACAAGAGGAGGCAUGCAGGCAUCGAAGCAGAAGGUGGAGCAGCGAGGCGCACCAGGGGGCAGCGCAGGGAGGGCCGCCCGGUGGAACGCGUCCACAGAGGGCGCCACAAGUGCCGCUUCUGCCAAUACUCGAGCGACCACACGACGCACGUCAGGGACCACGAGCGGGUGCACACGGGGGAGAGGCCCUACGUGUGUGCCGUGUGUACCAAGGGGUUCACCUCCAAGAGGAACCUGGGGAACCACUCCAAGACGGUCCACGAGGGGCAACGGAACUACGGGUGUUCCGUCUGCGGGUACACUUUCACGCAGAAGAUCCACCUGCAGAGACACGCUCAGCGUCUGCACUCGGUCCAGGACUGA